UGAUUCUAAAUCACGACGCUGCCAACCCUUCCAUUCGUGACGCUGUAGCACAGUGUUAGACCUGCUGUUGCUGCUGCACCUGUGGAUUAUUAUGUUUCUUUAAACAUAUUUUCAUCGCUAUUUUAUUUUAGUAAACAACGUCUACAUCGGUGGAAAUGUUCAGUAACGGCAACUUCAGGGACAUUGACGAUGACCCCUUCUUCUCCGAUCCAUUCCGAGCACACAGAGAUCACAUGCGCCAGAUGAUGAGGAGCUUCUCUGAGCCAUUCGGCAGCGGCCCCUUCAUGCCCAGCAUUACGGACGGAAGAAACCGCGGCCAUGACUUGGCGGAGCGGCCCACUUCACCGCCGUCACUGAGAGGUGAACACAGGGACCUCAGACGCUCAUUGAUUCCUUUCGGCUGUAGCGACAACACGGACAUGAUGAUGAACCCUUUCAGUAUGUUUGACAAUAUGAUGGUCAACAUGAGGACCGGCUUGGACGGGAUGCACAAAAACCUUGAGAUGUCUGCAGACCCCAACACCCACACAUUCAGCUCCUCAUCAGUCAUGACAUAUUCUAAAGUUGGAAACGAGCCUCCGAAGGUCUUUCAGGCAUCAUCGUCAACACGUCAUGCCCCAGGAGGCGUCAAAGAGACCGUGCGAGCACUGAAAGAUUCUGAAAGCGGUAUGGAGAAGAUGUCCAUCGGUCACCACAUCCAAGACAGGGGGCAUGUUGUUGAGAAGAAAAUGAACAAGAAAACUGGAGAGAAGGAGUUCAUACAGGAUUUCCAGAAUAUGGACGAAUCCGAAGCAGAGUCUUUUGAUGAGGAGUGGCAGCAGGAGUUGUCCAAGUUUAAGCCGACUUCCGCCAUGUCUCGGUUGGAGCCACGCUGCCAUCACGGAGGUCAGCGAGCAGCCCUCACUGGCCCUGAGCGGGCCCACAGAGACCAGCCCAAGGCCAAAACUAAAAGUAACGUGAAAGCUUCCAGCUCGACAAAGCAGUAAAAAGAUCAACGUUCUCAAGGCUCUCAAGUGCUAAUUACGCACAUACACACACAUACAAUCAAUGGUCCCGUGACAGAAUCAGAAAGCACCUUUUGGCUGUGUUGCAUCGGUCACUGCUUACCAGCUUUUAUCAGGUCUGUCCAUAGUCUGUAUUGUCUCUCACUUUAGUGGAAAUUGCACAAAUGUUUGAGGGGAAUGUGAAAGUCGGGAUUUGGGCAUUGAAAAGGUGAGAAUGUCAGGUGUUUAAUCACUGAUAGGAUUCUGCACAAGUGGACCAGUCAUGAGCUAUGGUGAAAGCAAGACAGGUGUGCAAAUUUUCAACAAUGGCGGCGCCUGAAGACGUCAGCAUAGACGCUACAGUUUUAGUAGAACUAGAUAGCUGCAUGUUUAGGUGCUGUAGUUUGUCUGCUAUUGAUCUGAUUGGUCCAACACGGAUGCACUAUGGAUGUUAUAGAGAUUAAAAUUAAAUACACUAAUCUGUAGUCAUUGCAUAAAACAUUAACACCUUGAGGUACUGAUUCUCUGUUCAGGGAUCACUAAUGCACUUAAGACCAUAUCAACAAUUAUCUAGGUAUUUUGUUGAGCACCAGAAAUGUCUCGUAUCUGCUGUAAUCUUUGUAAAAAGAACUAAUUAUUUCCCUUUUUUUAUCGUUCAUCGGAGGUUGCUGCUUUCAGAGCACCAACUCCAUUGGCAACCAUUGCUGUUGCUGUAUAUUUUUAAUAUACAUUUAGCAUCUAAAAAUAAAAAUGUA